AUGGCUCCCCACGCUGAAAUCGACUCCUCCAGCAACGGAGAUGGACCGAUCAACGGCCGCAACGGCCAGACUGCCGCCGCCGCCGGCGACCUUUUCACUGUCAGCUCGCCCAACGUGACGUACACGGACAGCACCAUUGAGUCCAAGUACACGUACCGCACGACCUCCGUCACCACGGGUGCUGACGGCCGCUUCACGGCCACGCCCAAGGAGACGCUCUACGACUUCAAGACCGAGCGCGCCGUCCCCAAGACCGGUGUCAUGCUGGUCGGCUGGGGCGGCAACAACGGCUCGACCGUCACCGCCGGCAUCAUUGCCAACCGCCGUGGCCUGACCUGGGAUACCCGUGAGGGCCCCCGUACCGCCAACUACUACGGCUCCAUUGUCAUGGGCUCGACCCUCAAGCUGGGCACUGACGCGGCCACCAACCGCGACGUCAACAUCCCCUUCCACGAUGUUCUGCCCAUGGUCCACCCCAACGACCUUGUCAUUGGCGGCUGGGACAUUAGCAGCCUGAACUUGGCCCAGUCCAUGGACCGUGCGGCCGUCCUCGAGCCCACGCUCAAGCAGAUGGUCCACAAGGAGAUGGCUGCCAUGGUACCCCUGCCCAGCAUCUACUACCCGGAUUUCAUUGCCGCCAACCAGGAGGACCGCGCCGACAACGUCCUCCCCGGCUCCAAGGCCGAGUGGGCUCACGUCGAGAAGCUGCGUGCCGACAUCCGCGAGUUCAAGGCCGCCAACAACCUGGACAAGGUCAUUGUGCUGUGGACCGCCAACACGGAGCGCUUCGCCGACAUCAUUGCGGGCGUCAACGACACUGCUGACAACCUGUUGGCUGCCAUCAAGGCCGGCCACGAGGAGGUGGCUCCCUCGACGGUUUUUGCAGUCGCCUCGAUCCUCGAGAAUGCGCCUUUCAUCAACGGCUCGCCCCAGAACACGUUUGUUCCGGGUGCCAUUGACCUGGCCGAGCGCCACAACGCGUUCAUUGGUGGCGACGACUUCAAGUCCGGCCAGACGAAGAUGAAGUCGGCCCUCGUUGACUUCCUGAUCAACGCCGGUAUCCGGCUGACGUCGAUUGCCAGCUACAACCACCUGGGCAACAACGACGGCAAGAACCUGAGCUCGCAGCGCCAGUUCCGGUCCAAGGAAAUCUCCAAGUCCAACGUGGUCGACGACAUGGUGGAGGCCAACACCGUGCUGUACAAGCCUGGCGAGAAGCCCGACCACACGGUUGUCAUCAAGUACAUGCCCGCUGUCGGCGACAACAAGCGCGCCCUCGACGAGUACUACGCCGAGAUCUUCUUGGGCGGCCACCAGACCAUCAGCCUGUUCAACGUCUGCGAGGACUCGCUGCUGGCCUCGCCCCUCAUCAUUGACCUGGUGCUCAUUGGUGAGAUGAUGACCCGCAUCCAGUGGCGCGCCAACGGCGCCGCCGAGUACAAGAGCUUCCACUCCGUGCUCAGCGUGCUCAGCUACAUGCUGAAGGCGCCCCUGACCCCGCCUGGUACCCCCGUCGUCAACGCUCUGGCCAAGCAGCGCGCCGCCCUGACCAACAUCUUCCGCGCCUGCAUUGGUCUCGAGCCCGAGUCGGACAUGACCCUCGAGCACAAGCUUUUCUAA